AUGAGAGUUCUUAUCGACGGAAUCAUUGCAGUCGGUAUAUUCUACUUGUAUCUUCUCCCAGCCAAGAAGUACAAUGUCUGGGGGCAACCGAAGCAAAAUAUCACCAUUGCGGCGCUUGCUCCCAUGACAGGCGAGUGGGAUGUUGGUCGAACGACGGCCGCCGCGAUGCCCAUUGCCGUCGAAGAUAUCAACAACGAUCCAUCUAUUCUCCCGAACCAUCGGCUUCAGUUUGUGUUCGGAAAUACAAACUGUUCACCGAACACAGCGCUACCUUUAGUAAUGAACUUCUGGGCGCAGCAGAAGCGAGGAGUUGACGCCUUUAUUGGGGGUGGAUGUAACCGAGUGUGUGAAUACAUCAGCUUGUUGGCUGGAAAAUGGAAUCUGCCUGUCAUAUCAUGGGGGUGUAUGUCUGCUCAUUUGUCCAACAGAAACACUUUCCCAACAUUUGUACGGACUGUAGGUGAGUUUAAUCAGACACUGUUCUUCGAAUUCAUCGGAGAUUACAUAUCAUUACUCGCUUCUUCUUAAGGAAGGAAUUGUUCGGUGUUAUUAUGUAAGCAUAUUUUUUUCCCUUUUCUCUUGUUUCUGAAGGUCCCUACACCAAAAUGGAAAAGUUGCUUAAACGUCUGAUGGAACAUUUCAACUGGAAACGAGUAGCCAUAAUCGCCUCCACCGACGACAUCUGGCAGAUCGCGGCCAAUCUUGUGAAGAUUGAGCUCCUGAAACACAAAAUUAACGUCGCCCACUUUCAUUCUUUUAUACCUGGUCGUCUUCAUAUUCUGGAGAGCAGGAUUGUAAGACACGCUGAUCUCAUUCGUAGAGCAGCAAAACGUGCAAUGAGUAAGUAUAAAUGAAUGAAGUAGCAAACUAACGAGAGAAUGAACCAAAGAAUGGAUAAAAAAUCAGAAACGAACACUUCUGGGGAGUGGUUCCGAUAACAGUGUUACUGCGCCUUCCAUGCUGUCCUAUUAACCGUUUCAUUCUAUGUAACGUCUCCCUAUAAUAUAAAUACAUUUUCCAGUAAAACAAAUAAUGAGAAUACUCAAAUUCGUCAGUUAGAAGUUAUUAUCUUGAUCUAGCACAAAAUUCUUCCAUCUAAUUGACCAGGAAAUUAGCAUCAGAGGGGAGGAUUAACAAUCAGAUCUUAGAAGUCAAUGGGUUUAAUUAAGACCUCUCCUCACACCGGAGGACAGCGAUCAAAAGUCAAACACGCCUUUUCGGGCCGGGGAAGGAGGAGGCAGUAAAUCGAAAUGAAAGUAAUCAAGAGAAUUAGUAGUGUUAGAAACCGCGAUUUACUAACCGACUGGGUCUCUUGAAAUAAAUACAAUUUUCCAGCUAAAAAAAUUUUAAUUUGCAGUUUUCAUACUUCUCUGCGAUGGAGGCGACAUCCGCGAAAUCAUGUUGAACUUUCUGGAUCUGGGGCUGUUAAACGGAAACUAUGCUUUCAUAACCGUCCACUUGCCCAAACGGUGAGUUUUUAUGUCUGUGAAGCGAAAUUUGACGGGCUUAGGUAUUCGUUAUUCACUGUGACGUCAUUAUGUGAAUUGCAGUUCUUACAUCGGCAACAACACGUGGAUGGGUAAUGACGGCAGAGAUAAUGACGCUAAGAAAGCUUAUGAAGGGGUAUUGAACAUCGAACAGAAGUUUGGAACAGAGAAGCGUUCAGGCGCUAAAGUAUCGGCGUUUGUGGACCGCAUCAAGAAGCGAAUGAAACAAGAACCGUUUAAUGUGGACUUUCCAGAAAACAGAACAGUGAGUAACUAUUAGGCAGUUUUUUUUACAUCCACCUUAGGGGGUAUAGGUAGUCCGCUUCGUCUGACUGGGGUGCUCAUGGUGUCUUUUGGGGAAAAACAUUUAUGAAUUGGUAUCACAUAAACUCUUCAAAACUCGUGAAAAAUGACCGGAACUGCGACUGUUUGCGAGCCCAGCUUGCAUACCACAACCUCUCGCUUGCAAAAAAACAUCCAAAUAUUAAAAUAGAACUGCGAUCUUUGAGGGGUGCGGGUGGGGGAAAAUUGCAAUGAACUAACGUCCCGUCUCAGGAGAGUGGCAGUACUCCCUAUCUCAUCACGCUUUUGGAAUUCAUCUGCGCCGCUAUAAAUUUUUAGUAAAACAGUGAGCCAAAAAACUCGUUAGACUUUCUCAGCCAAGUGACCUUGCGCUCAUCUUAGAGGGUUCAUUGAAUAAUUGACGUGUCUCUUCACCUUAUCAAUAAACAUAAUAUCAUUUCUCUUAUCUCAGGUGGAGGCGUAUGCAGGAACAAUGUACGAUGCCGUUUGGUUGUACGCCCUAGCUGUGAACGAGACUCUGGAAAUGGGGACAAGUAUUAGAAACGGAUUAGAAGUCGCUAAGAGAACAUACAACAGACUUUAUGAAGGUAUUCUGUUAAUGUCUGUUAGUUUUCUUGUGCAUGACAUGAAGUUCACCGAUGCUGAAGCACAGUCACUGUGCUGUGCGCCAUUAUAGUUUUAAUGAUCACUCUUUAAGAUAAUGAAGAUACCCCAUUAAUAAAAUUUAAAAAAUAUUUUUGGAAAAUCUUUUUUAAAAGUUCCGUACAACAAUCGGUGAAAAUACCUUAGUUAGGAGAGAACGAUGCUAAAGGACCGAAGCGCUCCUCCUCCUCCUAACUCCCUCUCCCACCUUCAAUAAAACACAACGUGCGCAUUUAUUUUUUUAAUUAACCCGCAUUAUGCUCCCAGGUAUCGCAGGCCCAGUGUACAUGGACAGAAAUGGCGAGAGAGAUCCUGAUUAUGUGAUUCAAACUCUCAUCGAUGACCGAUUUGAAGACAUCGCGUAUUACACUCGAUACAACGACAAUUUUACUAUCAGGGAGGGUGUGACCAUCGUUUGGCCAGGAGGGGUAACGACUGCACCGAAUGAUAGUCCCGAGUGCGGAUGGGACGGGGAGCUUUGUUUAACAGACAGCCGUAAGUACUGAGAAGCUGUCUCUUAUAAAAUUCCAUUUCAACUUAGCUUGUGUGCUUUUAUAAUUAUGUUCUCCCUUUGGUUACCCAGUUGUGUCCACAAAAUUGUAUACUAAUGUACUGAAAAUGUUUUGCGAAGUUCUCCGUGUUCUCCUCUUGAAUUUUAAGCGCUGUUUUCCUACAAUAUAUUUCUCAUAUCUCACGACCCCUCAUUUUUAAAAUCUAUCACUUGUAGCUGGAAAUUCUUGGCUUUCAGGUUUACAGAGACUUCUUGCUUUCGUGGUGGAACUUGCGCUCAAUAACGACAGUUUCGAAAGCGUGAUUAUACAUUCUGAUAUGCAUGCAUUGUUCUUUACUUCCCCAGAGGACAGCACGACAUAUAUCAUCAUAGCCUGCUGUACUGUGUUUGGAUUUGUCUUUGUCACCAUGGUUUUUGUCUUCGUUUACAGGUACAUUUGCCAUUUGACUUGUUAUUAGGAGUUAACAAAAUAAGUGCACUGCGCCUCAAUAGUUUAGCCGGGCGGAGGGAUGGGGGAAGGGGAACACAAACUUACUGAGGCUGGGUGGGGGUGUGAAAUUGAUGCCGAUUUAGAAGCCAGCACAAAGCCUUUUAUUUAAUUUUCCUUCAGGAAGCUGAUAUUCGAGCUGGAUCUUGCCCAGAAUCAAACUUGGAAGGUCAAAUUAGAGGAUAUUGUAUUCCGGGACACUGUUAACCUGUUUGAGACCUCGGUAAGUUGAGUUAAUUGUAUCGUACAGCUUCAACGAUUGAGUAUUUGGAUCAUAACAACGCCUAUACUAUGGAUCCUAAGAAAAUGAUUUGUCGACUCGACCACUUAACAAGUAAGUUUUAUUGUACUUAAUCCUGAGUCGAGCGUGUUAACCAUCAGGCCUCCUUCAUGCGAAAGUUAGCGCGAUUUUGAUUUGAUUAGUUUUGAUCAGCAUGGGGAACCACCAUCGUUAUAUCAAAUAUCAUCGUUCAUGCACAAUAUCACUUCGAUAUUUUGUUUCAUUCCGUAUGUAAAUAUCAAAUUUUAUCUCGACAGAACAUGAACCUGGGUUCACUUAGGAGCAUGAAGUCUCAGCUGAUAGUAACUCGCCCCAGUCGCCCCAGUCGCCUCAGUAGCGUCGGCAGCACUAAGUCAUGUGCUAGCUUAAAGUCAGCUGAUACGCAGUGCUCAGCCAGAUGGAGCUUGCACGAACAGGUCUUCUCAUCUGGCUUUACCAACAUCGCUUUUAAUAAGGUAAAAAUGGUUGAUUGCAUGGGUGGAUGUUUGGCUAUUUUUUUUCCAGACUCCUCCGAUCGUUUUCGCAGGGGACUGGACAACAGUUACGUGGAAACCUUGCGGUAACCAGAUGAAUAACCUCUUAACCCUUUAACUCCCAGAAGUGAUUCACAUGUAUCUUCUCCCUACAAUAUCCAUGCACUAUCCAACAAACAGGUAAUGAGAAUACUCAAAUGUAUCGGGUUAAAGUUGUUAUCUUGAUCUAACACCAAAUUCUUGCAACUAAUUUACAAGAAAAUGUGUAGCAGCUAGAGGGGAGAAUUAACAAUCAGAUCUCGGGAGUUAAAGUGUAAAGAGAAAAGCCUUAUUUAAUAUUUUUACACACCCUCAUGUUUCCAUUCUUUAAAGAUCUUGCCGAAACUUGCUGUGUCGGCAAAGUUUUGCCGUAUUUCCGUAACACCACACCAGAUCUAAUAUUUUUGGUCGUUUUUUCUCCUUAUUCGUUGUCUCUUUCCUACUUUUUGUCUGAUACACUCAUUUUUUCAUGUUUUUAGGGAGAGCUUGUUGUGGUUAAACACACAAAAAAGAAGGAUCUGAGAAUUUCCCGUAAAAUCCUGAUUGAAGUUAAACAGGUAAGGAUGCCAGCUUAAUCACGUGUACAUAAUCAGAGAGCCUCGAUUUUGUGUACUAGACUCAGUCUUCCUGGCUCACAUCAAACACAUAGCUACCCUAUCGAACUUUGACCAUUUUGUUACAAUGUGACGCAGUCUACUCCCUCAAUGACUUGCCUGUACUGUUAUUUUAGGCGCGAGAACUACGCCAUGAGAACAUUAAUCCCUUUAUCGGAAUCUGCAUCGACUCGCCUCAGGUCAUGAUUCUCUCCAAGUACUUGAAACGAGGCAGUCUUCAGGUAUGUAAAGAUUUAGUCUCGUUACCAUGCUGUGCUUGUCAAUGAGCCUGCAAUGAUUGCUUAGUAACAGAUUGCGGUUUAUCAGUUGUAUUUGUUUUUAAUUUUGUAUUGAAAUCGUACUUUUAAACCUUUUGCGUAGGAUCUUUUAGAAAAUGAAGAUUUCAAGCUGGAAGAAAUUUUUAUCCUUUCCUUGGUUCGCGAUGUCGCAACGGUAAUGUGUUGUUACUUAUUAGAUAGUACGGAAAGUUUAUCGUCGAUAAGAAAAAAUUAUGACCGAGUUGUAAAAGUAAGGAGUUGAGAGAGGGUUGUUUAUCGUUUUCGGAAUCAGUACACUUUUCUGUUGAGUGUCAUAAAACCAAAAACACGUGAUCACAAAAAGGGACACAUCCCAAGGAGCCAAUGAAAAACGAGGUAUUUUGUAAAUGGAUGAAAUUUGCGGGGAAACAUGAAUUGUCAGGUCGCGAUGGGAUUCAGAUUUGCUUCUGAUUGGUCGAGCGAUUGAUGGGCUAACCAUAAGUCCCAGAUGUUUUUAGACAUUUCAUUUGAAAACUUUCCUUUUUAGCUGAAACAAAUCCUUGAUGAUCAUAAGUAGUUUCACUAAGCCGUUGUCGUUUAAAAAAACAAUUACGAUUCAAACUACUCAGAAGUGUGUAUUGUUGAGUUUAAGCCUUGCUUCGACGCAGGGAAUGAUGGUGUUGCAUAAUAGUCCAGUGCAAGUGCAUGGUCGUCUCAAGUCCUCUAACUGCCUGAUUGAUUCGCGUUGGGUAUGCAAGAUUGGAGACUGGGGACUAAGUGAGCUUCGAUCACCAUUAGACCGCUGUCAAUUGCAAGAAGGGUCUGAGAAAUACAAUGGUAUGUCACGUAAUGUUUUAACCCUUCAACUCCCAAGAUCUCAUUAGCAAUUCUCCUUACUGUCUGCCAUACGAUUUCAUUAUGUUAGUUUGGAGAGUUUGGUAUUGAAUAAACUAAAAAUCCCCUAAUUAAUAUUUUUCUUUAUUCUCAUCACGUGUCUGCUUGAUGUUGUAUUGAUAUUGUAAGGAGAAGUUCUGUCUUGGUCACUCAUGGGAGUUAAAGGGUUAAAUGCACUAAGUGUCAAAAGCCGACUCGUACAAAAAACUUUUGGCAACCAUUUCUUUAUGUAGGGUAAUAAUACGGAAAGAAGUUGAUUGGUGCCGCUGCCCAUUCUCUACAAAAAUAUUUGCGGUUGAUUAAAUUUAAACCAAAUGUACAGUAAUGUGAGGCAACUUCGUUGUGGAAAGCAUGAUUUUGAUCGUGUGGUGUGACUCUCCGGGUAGAGGUAGUCAAAUUUCGGACGGUAACGUUCGAUUUUAUUUCAUGACAAAAAUCGAUUUGCCUCUUUUACUGGAAACUUCUCUUCAGGAAAUUGACAAGAUAAUACUAAGGUUUUCUUGUAAGAUUUUUGAUUUGCUUGAAGACUUUUCUUUUUUUGGCCUCUUUGUAGAUAUGUUGUGGUGUGCUCCUGAACAUAUCAGUGAUGGCGAAAUGGACCACAGGGGAUCCCAGAAAGGAGACGUGUACAGCUAUGGUAUCAUUCUACAGGAAAUUGCCAUCAGAAAACCACCGUACAGCAUGUACACGUUUGAGCCCCAAGGUAAUAUAAGAAGCGUGCAUUUUGAUAGCCUUUCUCGCGCUCUCAGUAAAUAAGGACGAAGAAUACGCGGGAGAAAUGAGAUCUGAUUGGUUAAGAGGACGACGCAGUUAUUCUCCAUGAAUCCCAAAGCGAGGUGAAACAAAACCAGUACAUACAAUAAACGGUUUCCUCGUGUUUUUCUCGCACUUUGCGUGCACUUUCUUCACUUCCCUGCUCGCAAAAACAAUAACUCUUGUUACUCUAUAUUAUUUGUUAAAGACAGACAAGAUUUGGAAUCUAGUAAACUGCAAAAAGUGUGGGAAAAAUUGCGCACCCUCCCAAUCGUCACUUAUGACCUCUGCCUUAUCGAUUGGGAGUAACAUGUCUUUAUUAUGUGACAGGUGAUAUGACUUGGUACGAUUUUCUGAAGUAGUUUCAUCCUCAGUGAAAACAGAGAGAGCCUGGAAAGAAAUAUUUGUUCGUUUUCGUUAUUCUCGGCAGAGAUCAUUGCCCGUGUCAUGGCCCAUGAAGAUCCUCCAUUUCGCCCCGUGGUCGAGGAAAACGCCUGCAAAUCGGAAUUGCAGUCCCUUAUGACGCAGUGCUGGGAUGAUGAUCCUGACCGAAGGCCUCAUUUUAAUAAGAUCCUGGAUAGGCUCCGUAAAGUCAUGGGCAGGUAAGUUGACUUUGUCAUCACACACUCAUUCCAUUCUUUCUAUUCCAGAAAACGGUUUUAGAACUGUUUCCCAUUUUUCUUGGAACUUUUCAGCUUGAGUCUCGGCUUUUGAUGGAUGUCUUGCCACAUGGUUAGCUAAGAAAUCUAAACUUAGGCUUUCUCAUGGCCUCACAUCUCUGACACCAAUGUUACUUCAACUCUAUUUUUUUAGAGAAUCAUGACACCCUAGAUCUCUGAAAAUUGCAUGGCCGGCAAGAAACCCAUGUAGUAGACUUGAGGAGAGAGUUUCUUGUCAAUUUUACGGGCAUAGAAAGAAAAACCCGAAUCUACAAAUAAACGAAAGGGCUUAAUUUUUCCGAAUGAUCAGACUUAUAUGAUCUUUUUUUUUUUUAAGGGACGUGAACAUUAUGGAUAACAUCAUGGCUCUUAUUGAGAGGCAUGCUGAAAAUUUGGAGGCACUGGUUGAGGAAAGAACACUGUUGUUGAUGGAAGAGAAGAAGAAAACAGACAAACUUCUUUAUAAAAUGCUACCAGUGUAAGGAACCUUACUGUUGUAAAAUAACUAAUUUCGCUAUACCCCUUUGCCAUUCUGAACCAUUUUUAUUGUUUGUGACUUGGUUAACUUCUAUAAUACCGUCCCUCAGAAUCAAAUCAUCAUUAUUGGGUGUCCUGUGAUCUAAGUAUGACGGCAGUGUCUUGUGAUCCACUUUCAUCUCCGCUAUUAUUAGUCAUCUUCAUUUCCAAGGAAGUGCAUAUCAUUUGCGACUGUUUCUUCAUUGUAUUUAACCAUUAUUGUUUGGUUUUUCUCUAUGUUUUGUAUUUUGUAUUUUUAUGAGCUUCAUGAUACCUGGUCACGAUGCAUUUGUUUACUACGCAGUGCUGUUGCAGAGCAGCUGAAGCUUGGUAAGCCUGUGACUCCAGAGUACUUCGACGAGGUCACGAUAUAUUUCAGUGAAAUAAUGGCGUUCAUUGAUCUGGCUUCGGAAAGCACACCAAUGGAGGUGAGACAAUAUCACUGAAACUCAUGCCAUGAAAAGCAACUCACUUCCUUUUCUAAAGUAAGUAUAAGAUUGUUGGUUGCUCAGUCGCAACGCUCACAGACGGAUUCUUGUUUGUAUGCCCGAGCUAUGACGCAACAUUGUCAACUUGCAUCUUUCUCCUUAGCUUCACGCUCUGUUCAGUUGAAAUAGUUUCUCUGGCUUCAUGAGCGACAGUGUUUUGAACACAUUUCUUUCAGGAAUAUCUAGAUGGCUUUCUGUAUUAAAAUCUUACUUUGGGUUCUCACCGUCUUAGAGUUAGAAAAAAAGCUUUGCAGUAGUGUAUAAUGAACCGUUGAAAAUACACACCACUCUUUCCGACUAUCAAGACAAUUAACUUCUUUCCAUUUUAGAUUGUUGCAUUUUUAAAUGACUUGUAUCUUGCUCUGGACAAUAUUCUUGGAAACUACGAUGUUUUCAAGGUAAGUAAUGCAAAGGAUUGACAGCUGAGACCAUUUAUUCUCUGAAUCUUCCCCGAAAGAGUUCAGUGGCAUUCGAGUAAUCUUCGAAUAUUUACGUCAAGGGUUUGUUUUUUUUCUUCUGAAAAUAAAAGAAAAUUGACGUUGCCUUGCAAGUUGUUCGUAAGUGACGUGAAAGAAGGACAUUGCUGAACCAAGUUGGUAGAGUCGAGCACUUUUUCAGUUCUCAGAAGGGGGAAAAACUAUUUUUAUUUACUCUUCUUCGUAGGUAGAAACAAUCGGUGAUUGUUUGUUGGUGGUGUCAGGCCUGCCAGUCAGGAAUGGUAACCGCCAUGCAGGAGAGAUUGCAGACAUGGCGUUUGACAUUCUGAGUUUAAUGACUCACUUCAAGAUUCGGCACAGGCCACGGAUGAAGCUGCAGCUCAGGGUUGGACUGCACAGCGGUAAUACUGUGAUUUGUUCCCAGUGUCGGCUCAGUGUCAUUGCCGUUCUCUGCCAGUAGUUUGUUUGACGAAACUGGUGACACAUGGUCAAAAUAAUGCUAGAGUCAGCAGACCUGAAUCAAAUGAAACAAAGUUUUUGGAAGUUGUGCUGUAAAAGAAGGGCGAGGGAAACAACGCUUAGAAGACACAGAAUGGAAAAUCAAAUAUGGAAACGACUCAAAAUCCGUUUCCGCGUCAAACCCUAACGCAUGCGUAGACGUUAUUCAGCUCUGUCGCUAGAGUCAGGAUCGAUUCGUUCCUCCUUCCGUAACUAGACUGAUCAGCCCUAAUUUGGAAUUUUUUUAGCGGCAAGACGGCGUCUGUUAAAUAGAAAUAGACUUCAGCAUCUUUAUUUAUCAAUCAUUUCUUGUUAUUACCAGGCUCCUGUGUAGCAGGUGUAGUCGGAAUCCACAUGCCACGGUUCUGUUUGUUUGGUGACACAGUAAACGUGGCAUCAAGGGUGGAGACCACUGGCCAGGGUAAGGGGCUCAAGUUUCCAAACGCAAGUAACUCUAUUAUCGCCUCUGUCUUUCGUUUCUGAACAACUUAAAUAUAACCUUACUUUGGUAACGGAUUCUGAGACUGAAUUGCGAUCGUUCCCAAGGAAAAUACAUAUCGAUUAUAAUAGUUUAGAUUUAUCAAUAAAUUUCCUCAUGAUUCAGAUGAACCCAAAUCAAGUCUUUUAUCCGGAAAAUUAUUGACAGGAAGCAGUGAUAUUAGUAUAAACAAAAAAGUAAUAAAACAGAAAAACUUCUAGGAGAGGUAAGUUGAUGUACUCUCUUUUCUUGUUAAUCUUCUAUCAAAACCUACCUUCUCUCAGCUCUCAAGAUCCACGUGAGUGAAGACUGUUACAGACUUUUGAAGGAAAUUGGAGGAUACACAUUUCUGAAGCGAGGCGAGGUUUAUCUCAAGGUAUAGAACUUUUAAAUUAACCCCGCCAUCCAGUUUGUUGUUUGCUCUAAAAUGCGGAAAAAUUUGUUUGUAUAAAGAAGUACUCUCAACCAAUCUGUUAUUGCGUGCAUGCAGUUUUCGUCAACCAUUUGCAGACAGUCAUCACAAGAAUAGUCAAAGGAGUACACCACCGGCGCGCCUUUGUAUUUGAGAACCCAACUCAACUGGCUUAAUGUGCGAGAAAAACACUCUUGACCGAGUAACUUGGUCUAAGUUUCACAUCUGAUUGGUUGAGAUCCCUGAUUGGGCAAAUUUUUCGACAAGUGCAAUGUAAGACUCCUAUCCACAUACAAUCGAAAUCAACUGGAGUCUUCGAUCAAUGACAGCUAGUUUUCCAAAACACUAGAUUAUAACAAGUGCAGUGUAAGACUCCUAUCCACAUACAAUCGAAAUCAACUGGAGUCUUCAAUCAAUGACAGCUAGUUUUCCAAAACACUAGAUUAUAACAAGUGCAGUGUAAGACUCCUAUCCACAUACAAUCGAAAUCAACUGGAGUCUUCAAUCAAUGACAGCUAGUUUUCCAAAACACUAGAUUAUAACAAGUGCAGUGUAAGACUCCUAUCCACAUACAAUCGAAAUCAACUGGAGUCUUCAAUCAAUGACAGCUAGUUUUCCAAAACACCAAUAGAGAGAACGUAUCCAUUUGAAGAACACCACUACUGGAGGACAAUAGAACUAGUUUGUUAUGAAGUGGCUUUUCUUGUUUUUUGUUUUUCAGGGACGUGGUUUUUGGAAAACAUACUGGCUGAUUGGCAAAGAGGGAUUCAACAAGCCACUGCCUCACGCUAUGACGGCGAACUCAGAACCAUCUGUUGAAACUUUGAACAUUUACUACGCAAGUUAA